AUGAUCACCAGUUUCUUCCGGAUCCUCCGCCCGGACCGCCUGUGCCAGCCGACGCGGCUCCAGCAGACGACCGUCCAUCCGGCGCGCGGCCUGGCUCGUCGGACGCAGGGCAGGCUCGCCAGCGAUCAGGGCUGGCGACCACCGGUGCGGCUGGCGAGCGGGAUGGCGAACCUCAAGCCGGCCAAGGGCUCGACCCAUUCCAGGAAACGGGUCGGCAGAGGCCAGGGAUCGGGGUACGGCGGGACGGCGGGCCGCGGGCACAAGGGCCAGAAAGCGAACAAGGGCAACAGCCCUCGGCUCGGAUUCCAGGGUGGGCAGACUCCGUUGACUCGACUGUUCCCGAAGAGGGGGGCCGUGAACCCCACGCAGGUCGAGAUGUCACCGCUCAACCUGUUCCAACUCCAGCUCUGGAUCGACCAGAAACGGAUCGACCCGAGCCAGCCGAUCACGAUGAAGGAGAUGCUAGAUUCGCGAAUGGUGCAUGGGAUCAAGGACGGGGUGAAGCUACUCGGGAAGGGAGCGGCAGACUUCCGGGCGGCGAAUCUGACGAUCGUCGUCUCGCGGGCGUCGCAGAGUGCGAUCGAGGCGGUGGAGAGACAGGGGGGGCGGGUGAUCUGCAAGUUCUACAACCGGCUGAGUCUGCGCGCGUUACUCAAGCCGCACCGGUUCGCGGCCAAGCACCGGUUCCUGCCGGGCGACGCCCAUCCGGUGCGCAAGCAGGACUGGAUGCGCUACUCGGACUGGGAGACCCGCAGGGGAUAUCUCGGCAACCUUGCGCUCGCUGAGCAGGUCCUUCGACAGGUCUCCGACAGACGCGCGGGCUUCGGCUGGCUCUCUCGGGAGCAGAUCGCCAGCCAGGUCAGGGCCAGAGUCCAGCCUGACCAAGCGCCCCCUCCGAGUUGA